AAGGGGAAGUUUUCAGCGAGUAGCCAGUUGGUUACGUCCCAUUCCGCUUUACGUUACCCCUCGUUGUAAAGCUGUGGGACUUAAAGGAUGUGUAUGACAUCUCCGUUUGAGGAUAUGCAUUGACUAAUGCGUAUUCAGUGACUUAAUGGUGCGCUGCUAGCUUAACAAAUCAAAUUGGACUUCAAACCGAGGUAAAGGACGGAUGAGGUGUUGAUGAAAGUGUGAGACGUUUCGGAAACGGACGCGUCCGAAUGGAUUCUAGCCGCUCUUCUAAUCGCGACACCGCAACAAGGAAAAAAGUGGUGAAGAGGACCAGGAUACAACUGAACUACCGAUUCAUCCGCGCGACAGAGGGGAAAGGGAAGUAAAUAUAACGCCGUGCCGCCUCACUGUCUCGUGCACCUCACCCCCGACCGCAGGCUCCCACGGACACCGCGGCUCCUGCGGCCAGAUGAGAGCGUGGAGUCGCUUCUGCGGAGCAGCUAUGACCAGCGCGCGGUAGACGAGCGGAGGCUGUGAGGCUCACGAGGACGAACCCCGGCGUUUCUUUAUAUCGUGUCUGGAUUAUUACAUUGUCCAGAAGAUGGGGCAUCCUCCUCUGGAGUUUAGUGACUGCUAUCUGGACAGCCCGGACUUCAGGGAGACUCUCAAGUGUUAUGAACUGGAGCUGGAGAGGACGAGCAAAUUUCUCAAAGAGUUGAUCAAAGACGGCAACAGUGUAAUCACUGCGAUCAGAGGCUACUCCUUGGCAGUACAGAAGUUCUCCCAGACUCUCAGCAUCUUCCAAUUCGAUGUGAUUGGUGACUCCCUGACAGAUGAUGAAAUCAAUAUCACUCAGUCGUUCCAGGAGUUCGCCGGACUCCUGCAGGAAGUAGAGCACGACAGGAUGAUGUUGGUUCAGAACGCCUCCGAUCUGCUCAUCAAGCCGUUGGAGAAGUUCAGAAAGGAGCAAAUAGGAGUUACAAAAGAAAAGAAAAAGAAGUUCGAGAAGGAGAGUGAGAAAUAUCACUCUCAGGUCGACAAACACCUGAAUCUUUCUGCGAAAAAGAAGGAUAGUCAACUUCAAGAGGCUGAUGACCUCCUUGAGAAAGAGCGUGUGAACUUCUAUGAGUCAUCAGUGGAGUAUGUGUACCAGAUCCAUCAGGUGCAGGACCGGAAGAAGUUUGAUGUGGUCGAGCCGGUGCUGGCGUUUCUGCAGAGCAUUCUAACGCUCAACAACCUGACAGUGGAGAUGACUCAGGACUUCAUGCCUUACAAGCAGGAACUGCAGCUCAGCUUGCAGAACACAAGAAACCACUAUGAGAGCACUCGCGAGGAGAUGGAGGAGCUGAUGAAGAGGAUGAAACACCCAUCCCAGAUUUAUAAAAUGCACAGCUUCCUGCCCAUGGAGGGCUAUCUGUACUGCCAGGAGAAGUGGGCUUUGGGCGUGUCGUGGGUCAAAUAUUAUUGCAGCUACAAGGAGGGGAGACGGCUGGUCAUGGUGCCUUGUGAACAGAAGCCGACAACUAAACAGGGCACUACGCAGCUGACACUGAUAUCCUGCAUCCGCCGGAAGACAGAGUCCAUCGAUAAGCGCUUCUGCUUUGACGUGGAAACCAACGAGAGAAACACACCCGUCACUUUCCAAGCUCUUUCGGAGGGGGACAGGAAAUUGUGGAUGGAGGCCAUGGAUGGAAAAGAGCCUAUCUAUCAUUCCCCAAUUCACAAGCAAGCUGAAAUGGAACUGAAUGAAAUUGGAUUCAAGUUUGUGCGAAAGUGCAUCAACUACAUUGAAACAAAAGGAGUCACACAAGAAGGAGUGUACAGAACAGUUGGCAGCAACAUCCAGGUGCAGAAGCUAUUAAAUGCCUUCUUUGACCCCACAAAUCCAGGAGACGUGGAUCUCCAGAGUGGCGACUGGGACGUUAAAACCAUCACAAGUGCACUGAAGUUUUAUCUCAGGAGCUUGUCUGAGCCGCUGAUGACCUACAGUCUACACAGAGACCUCAUGUGUGCUGCAAAGUCCGAUAACCUGGACUUUCGACUGAGUGAGAUUCAUUCUCUUUCCCACAAACUGCCAGAGAGGAAUCGGGAGAUGGUGGAGAUGCUUAUUAAACACUUGGUCAACGUGUGCAGUCACAGUGAAGAAAAUCGAAUGAUCCCUUCAAACAUGGCUGUUGUCUUUGGACCCACACUGAUGAGAGCCAAGGAGGAGACGGUGGCGGCCAUGUUGGAUAUUAAGUUCCAAAAUAUUGUCGUUGAGAUUCUGAUUGAGGACUUCAAAAAGAUCUUCAGUUAUAUGCCAGAGGACAGCACUUGCCCGCCAGUCCCCCCUCCGCGGAUCACCCCGAGAAAGCGUCAACCAAUCACCAUCUCCAAGCGUCCACCUCGAGUUUACCAAGCUCUUAGUCACGACCUCCACCAGCACACCGAGAAUGGCCAGAACGACAGCUCCGUCAUGGACGGGGAAGUCUCAACCAACCCUGUUCCCCUGCAGAGGACAAAACCUGUAAGCCUUGCUCCACUCGUUCCAAGGGAACCGCCUCCAAGACUGGCAUUGAUGCCCAGACCAGCGAGCCGUCAUGAAAGACACUUAGACUCCGACGCUGGCAAGUUAGACGACACAAGGCAAAGGCAAGAUUCUGCUUCAGCGGCGAAUGGGGAGUCUGGAGUCUACGUGAGCAGAGUACCAUCCUUCCAGAGCAGGAGACAACCUCCGAAAGGCAGAGAAGGAGAUUCUGAUGGUGUGACCAGAACAAGGUCCACUGAGAAACAUGCCAUUUGUAGACCCCCUGUCAGGCCUCCUGAGCCCCCCUCCAGAUUUCCCUCUCAACAAAAGACCCCGAGUGCAGCCAGCAGCGAGGGCUCAGCCUCCUCCUAUGUUGCCUCUAAAACUAAGUUUUUUGAGAACGCCUCCAAGCACGUUGGCAGUCCACCGGCCUCUCCGCCUUCAUAAACAGUGACGAAUGUGAAAAAAGAGAAUUAAAGUUAAGGAGACUCGGAGAACGUCAUGUGACGUCUACACGUGCUGGAGGGAGUCGGUGUCACUGAUCCCAAGAGGAAGUCGCCCCCCAUAUAUCGUAAUGGGUAGAUCUGAUUCCAUCUGAUUUUAUUUUUAAUGGGAAGAAAGCUGUUGUGAGGCAGCACAUUAGCAAAUGGACUUUUGACGGUACUAUUUUUCCCUUGUUUCAUGCCAGUUGACAAUUUAGGUUGACAAACUGAUAUUACAAUAUUUCGUCAUUUUACAGUGUUAAGAAGUUUGAAUAGCCAAUUUUAUUGGAGGCAACAAACUGCCAUAACUGGUGAUAACAGCUUACUUAGACGCUUUGUCUACACUCUUCACACUUUGCAUUGUAAAAUAGAUCUCCCAAAGAAUACUAAUUGACUAAAUAGGGUUAAUCAUUAUUAAUUUGAAAACGUGAAAUAUUAGUUCUAGAUUGUAUAAUAAACCAUGUAAGGAUCCAUCAACGAGCUGGAUGAAGAAAAUGAAUGGAGCAAGUUACAUCAAUGGAAUAAUUAUUUCUGUGGAAGCUAUUGUCUGUUUAAAAGAUAUUACAAAUAAUAUUUAGACACGUGGAAAACGUGUCAUUCAGCCAUGAGUCACUUUCUAAGAGGCAUUACUAAAAAGGUAUUUUGCUACCCAGUCAGACUGUAUUAGUAUUAGUAUCUGUCAGCGUAGUUAGAAUGUACAUGAUGACUAAAAUGUUUUAUAGGGAAUUAUUAAAACUAGAUUUACGAGUGUACAGCCCCUCACUCUGACCUUGGUGCCGAUCACUUCUUACCUCAUGUAGGUAGGUCACAGGAGAGUCCUAGAAGAUUGUUUUUAAAAUAGUUAUGUAUAUUUUAAACUUUUGUUUGAUAACCCAACUUGAUAGCUCUGGUUGUCUUCUGGUUGCAGCAAAUAAAAGUUCUUAACAUGA